UCGAACGAAUAGUUUGUUGGACGUUUGCUAGUACUAUACAGAGAAGUCAUAAUGUCCGGACGUGGCAAAGGCGGAAAAGUGAAGGGAAAGGCAAAGUCUCGCUCCAGCAGGGCUGGCCUCCAGUUCCCCGUCGGCCGUAUUCAUAGGCUUCUUCGUAAAGGCAACUAUGCCGAGCGAGUCGGAGCUGGGGCUCCUGUUUACUUGGCGGCCGUUAUGGAGUAUUUGGCUGCUGAAGUGUUGGAAUUGGCGGGAAACGCUGCACGUGACAACAAAAAGACGAGGAUCAUCCCACGUCAUUUGCAGCUGGCCAUUCGUAACGACGAGGAACUGAACAAGUUACUGUCUGGUGUGACCAUCGCUCAAGGCGGUGUACUUCCAAACAUUCAGGCAGUUCUGCUACCCAAGAAGACUGAGAAGAAGGCGUAAACAGUGUCACUCAACUAAACAAAAAUGGCCCUUUUUAGGGCCGCAAAAUGGUUUAACGUAGAAUAUGCACCUGACUCACUAUUCGGUCGCUGUGUUCCUUCAUCUCUUAAUACUGGCUAUAAAACAGUUAAUGCAUUAUAUUCAUAGAAAGAAAUUUAUACAAACCAUACCAAUAGAUAAAUUGAACUACUCCACCGGUACUCCAAGAUAGCACAUUGUCCGAAAAUCAGUUUUAAGGCAUUUAUUAUAGAAUUCUCUUCAUUGUUACACGUAUUUAAUUCAUUGUAACUGGAAUUCUCUUGAUACUAGAAGGCAGUAGUAUAGUUUUUUAUACCUGAAAGAUUUUUAGAAUGAACUCCCACAAUUGCAGUACAACACUGCGAAAGCCGCUACUUCAGCCCAAUCGACUUGUCAUUUUAAAUAGAGAAAAAACGAAGUAAAACUUUUCCUUCACAAAUCGUUGGAGGUGUACGUGAAAAUCAAUAACGAACGAGAAUGCAACAAUUACAUUUCAAUUCUUCGGUGAUAUCCAGGUGGAAGUAUUGGAUUCAACAUGAAUUGAACGCCGAAUAAAAAGAGAAACUGAUUGUUAAAUACCCUCGUAAAAGGGAAUACCCUGUAGAGGCACCUGUACUUGAGGCGCCUGCGGACACAGAUCAGAAGUUGGAAUAUGAAAUACGCGUUAUCACGUUGGAGAAUUGGGAACUCGUCGAUCUGGGUCGAUAACGUAGAAAUCACAGGGCCGUCUCAUAAAAACAAAAGCAUGAGCAAUAGCGAAACUGGUUGGCUGUUUAAUUAUUUGAUUCAAGAAGAAUGAAUAUAGAGAUAAUAGAAAGUGAGUCAUAAUAAUAUAGGAUGUUACUACAGCAGUUGACGGUUUCUAAUGGACUGGAGUAUGUCCAAGAUACAUAAGUGUUCUUUUUGUAACCGGUGCAAGUUUGAAAAUUCAUAGCUGGACGGCUAAUAAUAUUAUCAUGAAACUGUA